AGCUGUCAGUAUUAAACUUCCGGAUUCGUUAUUUAAACCUCGUUUCUCCCUCAAAGUUAGGGGGCUGUCUUGCUCAGAAUUGGGCUUGGAUCUCUGACAUGGAGGAUAUGUUGUCAUUCUCGGAUGUGGCUAUAUAUUUCUCUGCAGAGGAAUAUAAAUGCCUAGGUCCUGUUCAGUGGAAACUGUACAGGGAUAUGAUGUUGGAGAAUUACAACAACCUUGUGUCCCUAGGUCUUGCUUCCUCUAAGCCGUACCUGGUCACAUUUCUGGAACAAAUACAAGAGCCUUCAGAUAUGAAGAAACAAGAGGCCAGCACUGUGCACCCAGGGGGAAAAUGCUAUAUGUGCAAAGAAUGUGGACAAGCCUUUGAGCACAAAAAAGUGUAUCAGAAUCACCAGAGAAUUCAUUUAAGAAUGAAGUCCUACAAGUGUGAAGAGGGUGGCAAGUCCUUCAAUUUUCCAUCAUUACUUUCGGCACACAAAAGAAAUCGUACAGGACAGAAACCCUACAAGUCUGAAGAUUGUGUCAAGGCCUUCCAUUGUCCAUCAUUACUUUCUCAACACAAGAUAGUUCAUGAAGGAGAAAAACCCUACCAAUGUGAAGACUUUGGUAAGGCCUUCCCUCAUCCAUCAAGACUUUCCAACCGUAAGAAAAUUAAUACAGGAGAAAAAACCCACAAAUGCGAAGUAUGUGGCAAGGCCUUUGAUUAUCCAUCAAGACUUUCCAACCAUAAGAGAAUUCAUACAGGAGAAAAACCCUACAAAUGUGAAGUAUGUGGUAAAGCCUUCCAUGAUCCAUCAAAACUUUCUCAACACAAAAUAAUUCAUACAGGAGAAAAACCCUAUAAAUGUGAAGUUUGUGGCAAGACCUUCCAUUAUCCAUCUAUACUUUCUAAACAUAAGAUAAUUCAUACAAAAGAGAAUCUCUGCAAGUGUGAUAUAUGUGGCAAGACCUUCCAUUAUCCAUUAUUACUUUCUCAACACAAAAUAGUUCAUACAGGAGAAAAACCCUACAAAUGUGAAGACUGUGGUAAGGCCUUCUAUUAUCCAUCAAGACUUUCCAGACAUAAGAAAAUACAUACAGGAGAGAAACCAUACAAAUGCGAAGUAUGUGGCAAGGCCUUCCAUUAUCCAUCCAUACUUUCUAAACACAAGAUAGUUCAUACAGAAGAGAAUCCCUACAAGUGUGAAAUAUGUGGCAAGGCCUUUGAUUAUCCAUCAAGGCUUUCAAACCAUAAGAAAAUUCAUACAGAAGAGAAACCAUAUAAGUGUGAAGUAUGUGGAAAUGCAUUCUGUUUUUCAUCAUCACUUCGUAAACACAAGAUAAUUCAUUCAGGAGAGAAACCCUACAAGUGUGAAGUAUGUGACAAGGCCUUUGGUUCUCCAUCAAGACUUUCCAAACAUAACAAAAUUCAUACUGAAGAGAAACCAUACAAGUGUGAAGUAUGUGGAAAGGCCUUUCAUUUUCCAUCAUUACUCUCAGUACACAAAAGAAUUCAUACUGGAGAAAAACCCUACAAGUGUGAAGUGUGUGGCAAGGCCUUCCAUUGUCCAUCUACACUUUCUGUACACAAGAGAAUUCAUACUGGAAAAAAUGCCUACAAAUGUGAAGAAUGUGGCAAGACCUUCCAUUGUCCAUCAACACUUUCAGUGCACAAGAGAAUUCAUACUCAAGAAAAACCCUACAAGUGUGAAAUAUGUGGCCAAGCAUUUCACGCUUCAUCAAAACUUUCUCAUCACAAGAGAAUUCAUACAGGAGAAAAGCCCCACAAAUGUGACAUUUGUGGCAAGGGCUUCUAUUAUCCAUCAAGACUUUCCAAACAUAAAGUAAUUCACACAGGGGACAAACCCUACAAUGGUCAAGGAUAUAGGAAGGCCCUCGAUUAUCCAUCAAGACAUUCCAAACAUAAGAAAAUUAAUACAGGAGAGAAACCAAACAAAUGUGAAAUAUGUGGAAAAGCCUUCUGCUUUCCAUCAUUACUUAUGAUACACAAGAGAAUUCAUACUGGAGAAAAACCCUGUAAGUGUGAAGUAUGUGGCAAAGCCUUCCAUUAUCCAUCAAGACUUUCUAACCAUAAGAAAAUUCAUAUAGAAGAGAAAGCAUACAAGUGUGAAAUUUGUGGCAAGGCCUUCAAUUAUACAUCAUUACUUUCUAAACACAAGAUCAUUCAUACAGGAAAGAAUACCUAACUUGGUGAAGUAUGUGGGAAAACCUUCAGUUAUUCAUCAAGACUUUCCGGACCGGGCGGUGGUGGCACACGCCUUUAAUCCCAGCACUUGGGAGGCAGAGGCAGGUGGAUUUCUGAGUUCAAGGCCAGCCUGGUCUACAGAGUGAGUUCCAGGACAGCCAGAGCUAUACAGAGAAACCCUGUCUCGAAAAAAACAAAAACAAAAACAAAAACAAAAAAAAAAAAAAAUAGACUUUCCAAAGAUAAGAAAAUUUGUAUAAGAGAGAAACCUUAAAUGUGCGAAGUAUGUGGAAACACUUUCCAUUUUCCAUCAUCACCUUAUAACCACAAGAGAACUCAUACAGUUGAAAAAAAUCCUACAAAUGUGAAGUAUUGGCAAGGCCUUAAAUUAUCCAUCAGGAUUUUCAACCAUAAGCAAAUUCAUUACAGGAGAGAAAACAUAAAAGUGUAAAGAAUGUGCAAAUGCCUUCCAUUUUCCAUCAUCACUUUCUAAACUCAAGAGAAUUCAACACAAUAGAGAAACUCUACAAGUA